AUGGCUUCAACAUCCUUCCGCGAUUCCGUCAGCUCCUUGGGCUGGUCUCGCCGCGAUCCCGAUCUCCCCGUCCGCACCAGCAACGAUACGUCCUUUUUAUCUCGGCUACAGUCAAUUAAUCCGUUUGGAGGCGAGGGACAUGUACAGCUGCCUACUCAUGAAUCCCCGGGAGCACCGUUACCGGCGGCAAAUCGGCGUGAUGAAGAGGACAGUAUUCUUGCCUUAAGUCGAUGGGAUCGGAUGCUCAUAUUUGUGGCAUGCAACCUUGGUGCCGCCGUUUGCUUCUUUCUUUGCUUUUUUCUCUUCCCUGUGUUGUCGCUGAAACCCCGCAAAUUCGCCAUUCUAUGGUCGGUCGGUUCGCUAUUAUUUCUGCUGUCAUGGGCGGUCCUCAUGGGACCUUUGAUCUAUGCUAAGCAUUUGAUCUCGGGAUCUCGGUUGCCUUUUACGGCUGCCUAUUUCGGCUCGAUUACACUGACGUUGUAUUUUGCCAUCGGGCUCCACUCCACCAUCCUCACUUUCAUCUCGUCCAUCUUCCAACUCGCCGCUCUGAUCUGGUACUUGGUUAGUUACUUCCCAAUGGGCAGUACUGGGUUGUCGUAUAUGGGGCGCUUCGGGGCUCAGCGGGUUACGAAUUGGGUGACUGGUUAA